GCGGGAGGAGGAGCCACGUGUCCGGGCACGCUGAGGAGCUGUCUGUGGGGAACUCUCACUUGUUUGCGCACGUCCUUAUCCUUGACCCAGAGACAAUCCCUGUGCAGUUCAGAAAGAAGACACAUUGGCAUUGUUGCUGUUGGCACCCAGCUCAGAAACUGAGUACUUGACACCUGGCUGCUGUGGAGUAGCCCCUGCUGCCUGCUCCCUAUUCCAGUUCAACAAGGCUACAGGAAGGUAUAUAGACAAAUCUACUAGCCUCUUUUGGACAUUGGGAUUUCCACCACAGACAUCUCCCCAUGGCUCCUUAUCACAUCCGCAAGUACCAGGAGAGCGACCGCAAAUGGGUCCUGACCUUGUUCUCCAGGGGCAUGGAGGAGCACAUCCCCACGACCUUCCGCCACUUGCUCAUGAUGCCUCAAACCCUCUUGCUCUUACUUGGGGGGCCUGUUGCUCUACUCCUGCUCUAUGGCUUAUGGAUCUUGGCCAUUGUGUAUAUCUUCACCCUGCUCCUUUUCCUAUGGUUCAUUGCUGGAUACCCCUGGAAGCAGUAUGUGGCCAUGUGUUGCCGCACAGACCUGGCUGACAUCACCAAGUCCUACCUGAGCUCCCGUGACUCCUGCUUCUGGGUGGCCGAGUGUGAAGGGCAGGUGGUGGGCAUGGUGAGUGUCCUGCCUGUCAAGGAUCCUCCCUUGGGGAAGAAGCAGUUACAGCUGUUUCGCAUGUCUGUGGCCUUGGAGCACCGGGGAAAGGGGAUAGCUAAAGCUCUGGUCAGGACUGUCCUCCAGUUUGCCCGGGACCAGAGCUGCAGUGAAGUUGUCCUUGAGACCUCAGUGUUUCAAUAUGGGGCCCUGGCUCUCUAUCAGAGAAUGGGCUUCCAGAAGACUAAAGAGUUUUAUGUAGACACAAUAACAAAGCUACUGAAUUUCCGUAUAAUUCGUUUUAUGUACUGUCUCCCUUCUAUUCAGGAAGCAGGGUUAUAAUCUUAGUUUUCAGUGUCAAGGUAAGAUUGGACUCUAAAAUAGUAACAAGCAAAUCUUGAGAUCUGAGUAGUACAAAUCAUUAAAGCUCAGAUUUUGUGUAUUUCAGAUUCUAAUCAUCUAGGUGGUGGGAUGGGGGCAUUGGGAAUUCCGUCCUUUUUUUUGAAGUGCUUCUGUUUCAUUUGUCUACCUGGUGGUAAUGUUGUAUUAAAAGCAAUAGAAAAAUGAUA